AUGAAUCCAUCAUCGAAAACUCCGCCGACCAGUAUUCCGAGCGAUGUUCAUUCGAAUGAUCGUACUGGUGUUGUCGAUGGUGCCCCCUCUGUGAAUAAAGUGCCCAAUACGUCGAGCCCACCUGCUAGCGGAUCCACCUCUACACGUGCUCCAGCUGGCGCCGAAGUGAAACCGGACGUCUCGGACGGCAUGAGGUUAGGCGAAGAAGCUCGGGACUAUUAUCCUACCGUAAAGUCCGAAACGAAAGAUGAUGUACAUAAAUCGGUGACGGAUAUCGAGAAGAGCUCCACUGUCGCCAAUUGUGGAACCGGUACGGUCGAUGGGGAAAGUACCACAGCAGCAUCUGCCAGCGUCGAACCUACCGUUGACGAUGCCGACGUGACCAUGGACGAUGCUGAUAUGAGCGAUGGAGAUCAACCUGGACCCGCAGGCAUCGCUAGAAAACCUUCUGCAGCUCCUCAGGUGACUUCCGUACUCUUAAGUUCUCUUUAUAUCGAGAUAAACUCAUUGUCGGAGUAA